CGUAUUCAAUCGAGUUGAGUGGGUGGUGGGGUGACGCUUCAGAUCCGCUCUCCCCUCCGCUCCACUCGUCUCCCGCCCUCCAAAACCAAAUUUAAAGCGGGAGGCGUGCUGGAGAAGCAACGAAACGAAAGGGGAAGAAGAAGAGUGAGAGGAUGUCGUGGCAAACGUACGUCGACGAGCACUUGAUGUGCGAGAUCGAGGGCCACCAUCUGACGGCGGCGGCGAUCAUCGGGCACGACGGCAGCGUCUGGGCGCAGAGCGCGUCCUUUCCUAAGUUUAAGCCUGAGGAGUUCACCAAUAUAAUGAAUGAUUUCAAUGAACCUGGAACUCUUGCUCCUGUUGGCUUAUUUAUUGGAUCCUCAAAGUACAUGGUCAUUCAAGGAGAGCCUGGAGCUGUCAUUCGUGGAAAGAAGGGAUCGGGAGGCAUCACCAUCAAGAAGACUGGCCAAGCAUUGAUCGUCGGCUUGUAUGAUGAGCCAAUGACUCCAGGCCAGUGCAACAUGGUCGUGGAAAGGUUGGGUGACUACCUCCUCGAUCAGGGCAUGUAGUUCAUCAAAUUGGCACUUGCUUCCUCAAAUAUUUUUCAUACAAAUGGAAAUGUGAAUUUUUUUGUUUCACUUCAUUUCAGCCGUAUCGAGAAUUUUACCAUAGCCUAAUAAUUUGUUGGUGAAUGGACAGGAUUAUUGUAAUCCAUUUCGAGUGGUUUAUUGUUUUAUCCACAACCUUUUUCUCCCC